AUGAAUGUUAAUAAAUCUCAACAAAAGCAUCAGCAACAUACUCGUAAAGCACAACAUUUCAAAAAGAAACAUCGUCGAUUACCGAUACAAACGAAAAAAGUAUCCGACAAUCAUCCCAUUCAGUUGCCAUAUACUUUACCAAGUGUACAAUUUAAAAAUUUAUCUGUAUCACAACAAUCGCCAAUGAAAAAGACAUCAAAUCUUUUGGAUAUUACCACAAGUACUAAUCCAACACUAUUGUUAACUGAUUAUUUGACAAUAUCUAACAUCAAAUUUAAAGAAAUGUUAUUAGCAUCAACAUCAGACGAUAUUAAUAAAGAUGCUUUAAAUGAAUUGUUGAAUAACGAAGACAUAUUCUUAUAUAUUCGUCAACUGACUCAACUCGUCAAUAAAUUAAAUUAUUCCAAAUUACAAAAUGAACAAUGGUCUUACUAUUAUCAUCUCGGCAAUACAGAAGGCAUUUGGAAUGGACGAGUAUCGAAAAAUAUGGCCGAUGCGAAUUCAAUGUGCCAAACAUAUGGUCGAUCAAAAAUGUUAAUUCAACAACGACAACAGAAAUAUAAACAACAAUUUGAACAGAAUCAAAAUGAUAUUAAUGAACACAUGAAACAAGCACCUGCUCUUAUUGAUAUGACUCAAAUAAUGAAUAUUACAAAUAAUCUCAUUCAUAAAGAUCAAUAUCAUUUACGUAUUGAACUGCAAAGACCACGGUUAGUAAAUGUAUUAUUCAAUAAUAUCUGA